AUGGGAAACUCGUGCUUUGAAAAAAGACCUGUGGUGCCAAAAGAGAAGAGAACUUAUAAGGAAUUAGUAAUUGAGGCAUUAUAAAGUGGACCUUUAAUUUUAGCUUAAACGGAAUGCAUAAUAAAUAUUGACAUAGACCCUCAACAUUCCAAAUUAAAUGAGAUGAUUAAAUAAGUAUUAUUGGAGGAAAAAGAAAAAGAAUCAAAUUGUGAUGACUUAAGCGAAAUGAGUGAGAAAGGCGAAGAAACCCUUGAUUUAGAACUCGGAGUGUGGAAGGUAUAGAAGCUUAGAAAGAGACUGUUCCGACAUACAAAUUAUAUUGCUCAUCUAAAAAUAGACACAGAAAUUGCUCAAGAGAACAUGAUUAAAUUAUACUAAGAAUUAUUUUCAAUCCUUGCUUAAAAAAAUAUUCAAUAUGUUGUAAUGCCUUAGAUGUGGAUGGAUGAUCAUUUAUAUAGAGUAACUAUGAGGGAGAAUUCAGAUGCCUUAUUCGAUUAACUGUUCACAUGGAGAAAUUAAGACUAAAAGUAUAGAGCCACAUUUAUAGUAUUUCACACUGAAACAGCUUAAGUAAUAUGA